AUGGUAUUUGCGUCCCGUAAAGGUGCUAUGGAUGCUUGGCGAGUAGCACAAACAGAAAUCAGUCACAGUUUUCUCACUUUGGUUGAAUGGUUCUCGAAGAUUAUAGGUGAAUCUCAGGCAGUUCUCUAUGCAGCCUUCAUGAUUCUGGAACUGCAGCUUGUCGAUGGUGAAAAAUUUGAAAAACUCAAGCAGUUUAUGAUUGAUGGCAGAAUUCAUCCUAUCAAGACAACAACAUUGCAUAAAGAUGGCCAUCGCUCAUUCAAGACUCAUUAUGUGUCCCCUGCUGGAGAUGUGUCUGAAGCUCAUGAGGUUGAUUUUGUACGCAUAGGGCUGCCGAGGCAUUGGGCUUCCGGGAUCAAUCCUGUUACUUUUGACGAAGAUGAGGAAUUGAAUUACGCAAGCGAAAGCACAACUACUGAUGAAUAUAGCUCUGAAAGUGACGAUUCAUCUGCUCAAGAGAGCGAUAGCAACGAAGAAGCAGAUCAGGACGAAACAAAUGGAUCCUGCAUGGGUUAGGU